UCUUUGUUAGGGGACAGCAAGUCAAGAGAGGAGAACCCUAGUAAGAUCAUCUACAUAGUUUCAAGAAGAAACUAGCAGGCCAACAGCCGGUGGUGGCGGUGGUCCUGCGUGCAUGCGUUUAUAGAAAUAAGUGUAUGCAUGAGUGUAUGCGAGUUUAAAACAAACUCAGGUAAGAUUUUUGGUGUUUCCGUUCAUUAUAAGUUCCAACUUUUAAGUUUCAAGAGUGAGCUCGACCCAAGCUGAACCACACCGAGAUCAAGCCAUGACAGUCCUGGCCUUUGGCGCCGCCGCUACCUGGCCGGAGGCCGUCGUCCAGUGCCUCCUCUUCGUCCUCGCCGCGGGUAUGCUCGUGGCCCUCCACUCCCUCCCCCGCCGAGUUGCCCAUCGUCUCCGCCGCGGCGCCGGCGGCUCCUCGGCCGCUCAAUCGCGCCGGCACUUCGCGCUGGGUGCCCAGCUCCUCGCCCGCGCGCGAGCCGCUGCUCCGAAGCCCCCGGGCCCGCUCGCCCGCGCGGCCCUCGCCGAGGCCGACCGCGCCAUCGCGCUCGACCCCCGCGACGCAGCGCCGCUGAUCCUCAAGGCCCUCGCCCUCGACCUCCAGGGUCACCGCCUCCCGGCGCUGCGCACCCUCGACGUCGCCCUGGCGCCGCCGCUCGCGCGAUCCCUGGAACCGCGGGAGCGCGGGGACGCGCUCGCCAAGCGCGCCGAGAUCACGCUAGCGCUUAACCGCCGCCGCCGCCUCGACCAGGCCGCCGCGGAUCUCACCGAGGCCGUCCGCCUUAGCCCCGAGAACCCCCGCGCUCAUGCCCUGCUUGGCGAGUGCUACGAGAGGAGGGGCCUCGCUGCCGAAGCCAGGAACUCCUUCAAGACCGCCGCGUCAAUCGACCCAUCUCUUGCUACCGCGCACGACGGCCUCCGUCGGACAGGCGCAGGCAGCGAAGUCAACGAGAGUGACUGAUGUACAUUAAGGCUUUCUUUUUCUGCUAGAGCUCAGAUGGUGAAUCUUUGUCAUGUAGACAUGUACAGAGGACUAGAACAAUCAUAUCAGUCACGAUAUAAUCUGUAGUGCACAUAGAGGAAUUUAUUGAGUGUGGUGUUUCUGCAGUACAGGUACUCAAUCCAUCUGCACAGCCAUAGGGCAACAGAGUUAAUCAGUUAAUUGUAUCUUUGAUUCUCGCAUUCUACUCUUGGAUGCCUUUAUUAGCAUUUCUUUCACAAAUAAUGGAUUUAUUUAUUUUCCCAUCA